UAUUAGCACUGUCGGGAAAAUUACUACUUAAAGUCAGUACUUAGAAAAUAUAUUUUAGGUUGCUAAAAUCAGCAAGAUCCUUCUGGAGAUGGAGCGGGGUAACAUACACCUGUUCAAAGGGAAAAGUCUUGAUGACAUACAGUUAGAUCAGGAAGAACCUCUAGAGGAGGAUGAAGAAACAGAGACAGCAACAAAAGAUUCUGAAACGGAUGUUGGUGGUGAAAGCCAUGCAGUUGCCACAGCUGAGAACAUACUAGAAACAGAACAAAGUAAAAAAGGAGGUAUGGAGGGUCAAACAUCAACCGGCAACACAGUUCAGAAUAUGAGAAGAGAAAGAAGUAAACAAGGCAGUAAGGUGACCAGAGUAAAAGUAGGCCGUACAAGCAAGAAGUCAGCAAACAGAAAACCUUGGUCAGGUGCAGAGAAAGAAGCUGUCAGGCGCCAACUUGGCAAAUAUUUCGCUUUAGAUAAGCUUCCUGGCAAGCAUGAAAUUGAAACUGCCAUAAGGAAAGAGCCAGUUCUGUGUAACAGACCAUGGGACCACAUUAAAUUCUUCAUAAAGAACACAAAAAUUUCGUUGAGUAGGAAUGCCAUUAAAAACAUAUUUAGCACGUGAAUUUCAGUGGCUUAAAGAGACAUUUUGAUAAUUUUAUGGAGACAAUACUGUGCUUUUUGUGUUGGAACCAUGAAAAAAUUGUGAAUUUGUCUGAUUUUGCUAUUGUAAGGAUAAAAGUGCAGUAUUUGAGUACCUAAUGUCAAACUUUAGUAAUUAUAUGCAUGUAUAAUAUUUUUCAUUUUUUAUGCUGAUUUUAAUAACAAAUAUUAAUUUCCUGGUAGGAAGUAAAUCACACAUGACUGUCAUUUAUCAACUAGAAUGACCUGUCAUCCUUAUGUACCCACAGAAUGUUUGGUGAUUAUAGAGGAGCCUUUGUAUUGUUUCUAGUGUGGGAUGGUUAUCAAAACACUGUUUAACAAUGGACCAGAACCAACUGGAACCAGUCAGGUGUUGAUUAUCAGGUCUUUUAGAGACCAAAAAUAUACAAAUUUCGUUCAUUACAACAAUAUUACUUACUUUCACAGAUGUGGGGAGACACAGUCUCGUAAUAUAUCUGUGUAUAUUGUUGUGACAAUAUUUUGCUUUUUUUUUUUAUAUAUAGAUAAAUUGCUGUCGGUGAAAUCUGUUGAACAUUAUUAAAUUGCAUAAAAAGGUUGAAUUACUACUUAACAAUA